AUGAAGCUCACUCUCCCAAUGGCUGCACUUCUCUCUGCGGUUUCAGUCUCCGCCACUCCCGUUCCGGACUUCAUCUCCUCCCUCCUCGGCCAAGGCAACUGUCCACUCUUCGGCGGCUGCAUCUCCCAAUCCCAGGCCGAGCUCUUCGUUAAACGCUUCUCCGGCAUCCUCACCAAGCAGGGUUCGGAUCUGGGAGAUUAUCUAACCACGGCUGAUAAGCUGUUGGCAGCGAACUUCCAGGAGAUUUCCGGGAGUGUGAACUCGCUUGCUGGGUUUGACCUCGAAGGUCCAACCUCCUCUUCCAAGCAGGCCUACAUCGCCGGCAUCCAACACGCACCCGCCGACAACGGCGUGAAUACUCUCUACGUCAACGUCGCAAACUGCCAAAACAUCCUUUGGCACUGGGAUAUCAAGGGUGUGGGGUCUGGAAAGUAUCCUGUCAAAGUAGGUUGGCGCUCUUCCCAGAAUUGUCACUUGUCGACGGUCGUGCUGAUGUUCGAGUUACAGGGCUUCAACUACUUCGCUCUGGACAACAAGUGCCAGUGCUCGAGGCUGGAUCUGGAGUUCAACAGCAUUGCGUGGGGCUUGGAUACGGGGUACGGGUUGCAGUGGCCAAACGGAACGAUACAGCAUUAA